AUGGUGAAGGUUCGCAUGAACACCGCCGAUGUUGCUGCGGAGGUCAAAUGCCUCCGACGCCUCAUCGGAAUGCGCUGCUCCAACGUCUACGAUCUCACUCCCAAGACCUACGUGUUCAAGCUCAUGAACAGCAGUGGAGUUUCGGAAUCCGGGGAGAGCGAGAAGGUUCUGCUGCUCAUGGAGAGUGGCGUCAGAUUGCACUCUACUAUCUACAUGCGUGACAAGAGUAACACGCCUUCCGGUUUCACUCUCAAAUUGAGGAAGCACAUUCGUACGAGGAAGCUCGAGGAUGUGCGCCAACUUGGGUACGAUCGGAUUAUUCUCUUUCAAUUUGGACUUGGAGAGAAUGCAAACUAUGUUAUAUUGGAGCUGUAUGCUCAGGGGAAUAUCCUCCUCACAGAUUGUAAUUUUACCGUCAUGACUCUGCUGCGGUCGCACAGGGAUGAUGAUAAAGGGCUUGCAAUUAUGUCGCGUCAUCGAUAUCCUGUGGAAAGUUGUCGAGUUUUUGAGCGAACUACUAUUGAAAAGUUGCGGGCAUCUCUAGUGUCUUCCAAGGAAGAUGAAAAUGAUGAGGCUGUUAAGGUCAAUGGAAACGGAAGUACUGGUUCCAAUGUAGCAAAAGAGAAGCAGGGAACCCAGAAAGGUGUGAAGCCAUCAACACUGAAAACUGUGCUUGGGGAGGCGCUUGGUUAUGGACCUGCACUUUCUGAACAUAUAAUAUUAGAUGCUGGCCUUAUUCCCAGUACAAAAGUUCUCAAAGAUAAAACGUGGGAUGAUGUUACUGUUCAGGCUUUGGUCCAAGCUGUUGUGAAGUUUGAAGAUUGGAUGCAGGAUAUUAUUUCAGGUGAAGUAGUCCCUGAAGGAUACAUUUUGAUGCAGAACAAAAAUUUGGGGAAGGAUUCUUCCAUAUCUCCGCCAGGAAGUGUCAGCCAGAUGUAUGAUGAGUUUUGCCCCAUCUUACUCAACCAGUUUAAAUCAAGGGAUUAUACAAAGUUUGAGACAUUUGAUGCAGCCUUGGAUGAGUUCUACAGCAAAAUUGAGAGUCAAAGAGCUGAACAUCAGCAGAAAGCCAAAGAAAAUUCAGCUACUCAGAAACUUAAUAAGAUUCGGCAGGAUCAGGUUGAUCCUCAUAUGGUGUCAAAACUCUUAAUGAACGUAAAACACGAGGAUGUGAAAAGUGUAUUCUACAAGACUGCAAUUUCUCUUCCAAAAGGUUUAAUAGUUGUAUCCUCUGAAGCCCAUUAUACUAUUGAACAUGAUGGAAAUGGUGGCUGCAAUUGUGUCUUUACCAUGCAGAUGUAUGUUUUGAGUACUGGUUGCAAUCUACAAAUUAAAGAAAAUCGUGUACAUGCUUUGAGGAAAGAAGCUGAUCAAUGUGUUAAGAUGGCAGAAUUGAUAGAAUACAACUUGGAAGAUGUGGAUGCUGCUAUAUUAGCUGUUCGUGUAGCUCUUGCAAAAGGUAUGAACUGGGAUGACCUUGCUCGGAUGGUGAAGGAAGAAAAGAAAGCUGGAAACCCGGUAGCUGGUCUCAUUGACAAGCUCCAUCUUGAGAGGAACUGCAUGACUUUAUUGUUAAGCAAUAAUCUCGAUGAGAUGGAUGAUGAUGAAAAGACACUCCCUGUCGAUAAGGUUGAAGUUGAUUUAGCUCUUUCAGCACAUGCUAAUGCUCGGAGGUGGUAUGAACAGAAGAAAAAGCAGGAGAGCAAACAGGAAAAAACUGUAACUGCCCAUGAAAAGGCUUUUAAAGCUGCAGAAAGAAAGACUCGCCUACAGCUUAAUCAGGAAAAAACUGUUGCCACAAUUUCACAUAUGCGCAAAGUCCACUGGUUUGAGAAAUUUAAUUGGUUUAUUACAAGUGAGAACUAUUUGGUUAUCAGCGGGCGUGAUGCACAGCAAAAUGAGCUGAUAGUGAAGCGGUAUAUGUCAAAAGGAGACGUAUAUGUACAUGCUGAUCUGCAUGGAGCUUCUAGCACAGUUAUCAAGAAUCACAAGCCUGUGCAGCCAAUUCCACCACUGACCCUAAACCAAGCAGGAUGUUUCACAGUCUGCCAUAGCCAGGCAUGGGAUUCAAAAAUUGUUACAAGUGCCUGGUGGGUUUAUCCUCAUCAGGUUAGUAAAACGGCUCCUACUGGUGAAUAUCUCACAGUGGGGAGUUUCAUGAUCCGGGGAAAGAAGAAUUUUCUUCCACCACACCCUCUUAUCAUGGGUUUUGGCCUGCUAUUUCGCUUGGACGAGAGUUCCUUAGGAUCACAUUUAAAUGAAAGAAGAGUAAGAGGAGAGGAGGAAGUAGCAGAUGAUUAUGAAGAAACUGCUCCUCUUGUAGACAAAUCUGAUUCGGAGUCUGAGAAGGAUGUAACUGAUAUAAAUUCUACCAUUGACUCAGAAAGGAAUGGUGAACUAUCAGCAGAUUCACACAAACCCCUAUCAGAAAACUUGCCUACCGAUUCAUCUCAAACUAGUUUGGCCACUAUCAAUGCCAAAAAGCCAAUUUCACAUGAUUUUCCUGUGAAAGAGACAAGUACAUCAAAUAUGGUUGAUAGGGAGAUAUUAUCAGACAUUAGUGGAGAUGGCUUAGUGACUGUCACCCCUCAACUAGAGGAACUUAUUGACCAAGCUCUGGAACUUGGAUCUGUUGCUAAAUCAAGUAAACAUCAUGGUACUGAGAACUCUCAAAUUGAUUUAGGCAGUGAGAAACAUUUUCAACCAAGCAAAGCUGCAGUUAGGGAUAAACCUUAUAUAUCAAAAGCUGAGAGACGAAAGCUUAAAAAAGAACCAAAACAUGAAGCAGAUUCAAAUGUUGAGCAUGAAAAUGAAGAAUCAAAACUGGAAGAUAUUUCUGCAAAUCUACCUGCCAAAGAAGAUCAAAAUGUGAAAAAAGCUGGUGGUCAGAAAAUCAGCCGUGGGCAGAAGGGUAAACUUAAAAAGAUAAAGGAGAAGUAUGCGAACCAGGACGAGGAAGAAAGGAGCAUCCGAAUGGCAUUGUUGGCUUCUUCUGGAAAAUCAAUCAAGAAGGAAGAGACGUCAUCUGAAAAUGAUGCAUUGGACAAAGGGAAAAUCCCUGACAACGGUCUUGUUGAAGCUUCAAAAAUAUGUUACAAGUGUAAGAAGGCAGGUCACUUAUCACGGGAUUGUAAGGAGCAAUCAGAUGAUCUGGUGCACAGGCAUGCAAUUGCUGAAGCUGAAGAAAACCCCAAAAUGACUGAUCUUGACACUUCCCAAGCAGACAGGGUGACAAUGGAAGAAGAUGAUAUUCAUGAAAUAGGAGAAGAAGAGAAAGAAAAACUGAAUGACGUGGAUUACUUGACAGGGAAUCCACUUCCUAAUGACAUUCUCUUGUACGCUGUUCCUGUCUGUGGUCCUUACAGUGCACUGCAGUCUUACAAAUAUCGGGUGAAGAUAAUUCCUGGCCCAGCGAAGAAAGGGAAAGCUGCAAAAACUGCAGUGAACUUGUUCAGCCAUAUGUCAGAAGCAACAAACCGGGAAAAGGAGUUGAUGAAAGCCUGUACAGAUCCUGAGCUAGUUGCUGCAAUUAUUGGUAAUGUGAAAAUAUCAGCAGCCGGCCUUACUCAAUUGAAGCAAAAACAAAAGAAAGGCAAGAAGAGCAGCAAACAAGCGAGUUAA